AUGGCUCCAGAAAAGGACAGUAAUGGUCUUGACAACUAUGCAUUUGCACGCGAAGGGCGUUUUUGUGAUCUACCGGACACAAAACAUGGGGAAGAAAUGGAGAUUUCCAUGGAGGCGGACAACAACAAGCUAGUUUAUUGUGUGACAGAUGUACCUCCCUGGUACCUGUGCGUCAUCCUAGGCAUCCAGCACUGUUUGACGGCAUUUGGAGGAAUCAUCGCCAUCCCGUUAAUCCUGUCUCAGGGGUUGUGUCUGCAGUUUGACGGCCUCACACAGAGCCACCUCAUCAGCACCAUCUUUUUCGUCUCUGGUGUUUGCACUCUGUUGCAAGUUACCUUCGGCAUUAGACUGCCUAUUCUCCAGGGUGGUACAUUCACAUUGCUGGCACCUUCAAUGGCAAUGCUGUCAAUGCCAGAGUGGAGAUGCCCUGCUUGGACCCAAAAUGCCAGCCUCGUCAACACCUCCUCCACAGACUUUACUGAGGUGUGGCAGAGUCGAAUGAGAGCACUUCAGGGGUCCAUUAUGGUGGGCUCACUCUUCCAGGUGUUUGUUGGUUUCUCCGGCCUCAUCGGCCUCUUCAUGCGCUUCAUUGGACCUCUCACCAUCGCUCCCACCAUCUCUCUCAUUGGGCUGUCCCUGUUUGAUUCAGCUGGUACCAGUGCUGGCAAACACUGGGGUAUCUCUUCCAUGACCACAGCAUUGAUCAUCCUGUUCUCACAGUACCUCCGUCACAUACCUGUGCCCUUUCCUACGUACAGCAAGGAAAAAAAGCUGCACACAUCCCGCGUCUACGUCUUUCAGAUUCUCCCUGUUCUGCUUGGAAUAAGUUUGUCUUGGCUCAUCUGUUACAUUUUGACAACCUACAAUGUACUUCCUACUGAACCAGAUCAGUAUGGCUACCUGGCCCGCACUGAUCUAAAGGGAAAUGUCAUAAGCCAAGCUUCCUGGUUCCAUUUUCCAUAUCCAGGUCAAUGGGGGAUGCCUACUGUGAGCCUGGCAGGAGUGGUUGGCAUCUUGGCUGGUGUGAUUUCCUCCAUGAUAGAGUCUGUAGGGGACUACCACGCUUGUGCCAGGCUGUCUGGUGCUCCACCUCCCCCUAAACAUGCUAUCAACCGGGGUAUUGGCAUUGAGGGACUGGGCUGUCUGUUGGCUGGAGCCUGGGGUACAGGAAAUGGUACCACUUCAUACAGCGAGAAUGUUGGAGCCCUCGGUAUUACAAAGGUUGGCAGUCGCAUGGUGAUAGUAGCCAGCGGAGUCUUGAUGGUUGUCAUGGGUGUGUUUGGUAAAGUGGGCGCCAUAUUCACCACUAUCCCAUCACCAGUGGUAGGAGGGAUGUUCAUGGUUAUGUUUGGCGUCAUCUCUGCAGCAGGAGUUUCUAAUCUGCAGUAUGCAGAUAUGAAUUCUUCUCGAAACAUCUUUAUUUUUGGAUUCUCCACGUUCUCUGGUCUGGUCAUUCCUAACUGGAUAUUCAAGAACCCAACAGCUAUCGCUACAGGGGUGGUUGAACUCGACCAGGUACUGCUGGUACUUCUGACAACCAGUAUGUUUGUAGGAGGUUUCUUUGGCUUCAUACUGGACAACACAAUUCCAGGAUCAAAGCAUGAACGAGGCAUCCUGGCGUGGAACAAGGCUCACGAGGAUGACUCCAGCAACACACUGAAGAGUGGAGAAGUCUACAACCUUCCCUUUGGGAUCAGCUCUUACUUGUCUUCUUCCUCCUGGCUCCGGUACAUACCUUUCUGUCCUCCUAGUGAGUCCUGCUCCCUGGAUGGAUGCGGAGCAGAUACUAAUGGCCUAGAGCCAAAGCAGUCACUUGGACAUCCAGAGCCUUCACAGAUCAUUAUUGGAGUUGCUAUGUGAGUUGUAUACUGACUUGAGCAUGCAAUUUUAAAGACUUU